CGGCCAAUUGAGCAGGUUUGCGCGGGUAAUGUUCCGGAGCGUGUCAGCAGUGCGAGCACCUUGCCGGACAACUGACGCGUGUCAACAGCGGCAGGCCCGGAACGGCCUGGCAACUACACCAAAACUGAGCAACCAGGUCAGACAACUUGCGCACAUGCGCACCUUGAUGAGCACGUUUUACACAGUACCCCGUGUUUCCACACCGUGACCAUUGAGAUCAGACAGAUCCAGAAUUAAGGGACCAGCAUUGAAAACAUUGAAAAUGGUCAACAUCGGCAGCCUGUGGCAGUACCUGGCCGCGCACUCGCCGCUGCAGUCCACCCUGUCCUCCCUGUCCACCACGACCAUGUCGGGCGGCGCCCUCAACCUCACCCAGAUGGGGCUGGCCCCUUACUCGCUGCCGCCGCUGCCCUAUGCCUACGACGCGCUCGAGCCGCACAUCUCGGCCCAGAUCAUGGAGCUGCACCACGGCAAGCACCACCAGGCUUACGUGACCAACCUCAACGCGGCCCUGGCCUCGCACGUCUCCGCCGUGGCCGCUGGCGACGUUGCCGCUCAGAUCGCCCUCCAGCAGGCCAUCAAGUUCAACGGCGGCGGCCACAUCAACCACUCGCUGUUCUGGAAGAACCUGGCCCCGCCCGGCACCGAGGAGACGAACCCGGCCGUGGCCAAGGAGUUGGUCUCGGCCAUCGAGAAGAAGUGGGGCAGCCUGGAAAGUUUCAAGAAGGCAUUCUCGGCCGCGCUGCUGGCGAUCCAGGGCAGCGGUUGGGGGUGGCUGGUCAAGGAAGCGGGCAACGGCGCCGGUCUGCGCAUCGUCACCACCAAGGACCAGGAUCCCGUGGUAGGGGGUGACGUGCCCAUCUUUGGCGUCGACAUGUGGGAGCACGCAUAUUACCUCCAGUAUCUGAAUGGCAAGGCUGCCUAUGUCGAGAAUAUCUGGAACGUCAUUAACUGGAGGACGGCAGAGGACCGUUUUGUGGGGAGGAAUGAGGAGAACGUGAAGACUGAGCUCUGAUUAAGGCGGUGACUCCUGUGGCGGCUCCCUUGAUUUUGGCUUGUGUUUACUGCUGUGGACAUCCGCGCUCAAUGUUCUCCUUUAUUUAACCCUGUUUUUGCCCUUUCCAUCGCACAAAGGACCGAAUCGUUCAGCCUCCCCACCGCGUGUGUGCGCUUGAACCGCCUAUCGGAGACAAGAGACGACGGCCUGGCCAGGUCCUAUCAAGAAGGCUUGACACGCCCGUCCCGCCCACCGCAUCGUUCCCGCUCCUUACUUCAUGGGCUCGUAUAUCUGGCACAGCUAAUCUAAGUCUGUUUGAAA